AUGCCAUGUGCGAGACUCAUAUUCCUCAAAAUAAUCUUUGGUUUAUCUUUUACUUUAGUGGAUGAUGUUAAGGAGCCGGGAUUUGGCAUUCUGCUUGACAAAAGCCGCUUGCGAACGCCCGGUGGGAAUGUCUUCUGUGUUCCUCACGAGGGUCUUGCUUUUGCUGUUGCACAUGAAUGGGAAUCACAAGUGGACGUAAUAGAGAAAUAUACAAUGCCUUUAACUACGCUAUGCUACCAUGUCAUUGACAAUCCAACCGAACGAUCUAAGGAGGCCAUUGUUCAAGGCAUAAUGGAGUUUGCAGAUACUGAUACAAUUUGUUUUCGAGUCGAAAGCCCAGAGGAGUUGCUUUCUGAACAGAACUCGGAGUGGGAUCCUGUGUUGGAUUUCAUCGAGAAGAAGUACAACUUUCGGCCCCCCGUCACCUCCGGUUUCUCCCUCACCCCUCUCUCUCCGGGCUCCCGCGAAUUGAUUUCACGGCACCUACUUGCCUACAAUCGAUGGGGCCUUGUCGGUUAG